CCUGUGCCAGCAGGCUACUGCUUUGCACUAGUGAGGAGAGGACCAUAAUGCUGGGCCCUCACUUCCCACCCCCACCCCUUGGACCCGGUGAGGGGAGGCCUGCCCCUUGCACCUUUGAGAUUCCGGAUGGGAGCUACAGGUGCCUGGCUCUGGAAGCUGAAGAGAGCAGCAGUGAAGAUGGGCUGCUGGGAGAGGCGAGGCUUGGGGACCUGGAAGAAGAGGUGGCCAGCAGAAGCAGAGCCAACCAUGGGACACCACAGCUAUCCAGAGCCUCAGGCAUAAUCCAGCCAUCCAGCUGUUCCAGGGAGGCUCGAGGUGGGUUCCAGCACAACGACAGAGCCAGCCAUGACUGGGAUGUGGUACAGGCCCGGAAAGUGAUGACAGCAGGUGGCAGCCCCAGCCCUGGGCCCAGAGUGACCCAAAAACCAGCAUUAGGCCGGAGCACUAGCCUCACUGAAAAGGAUCUGAAGGAGGCCAAGGCGUGGAGCCAGCAGAUUGCAGCCCAGCUGACCACCCCUCCCAGCUCCAACUCUCGAGGGGUCCAGCUUUUCAAUAGGCGCCGACAGAGGGUGAACGAGUUCACCUUGGAGAGCCGUGGCCAGAGGCCACCAAAGCUCACCCAAGAGGCCCUCCAAACAGGGCACCCUUUGAGCCCCACAGGCCAUGCCCCAGAGCUCAGUCUGAGACCUUCAUCUUCACCCAAGCCAGGCCCUCCAAAGCACCCCAGCCCCCGAAGCCCCAGCAGAGGGGGCCCUGGCCACAUCAUGGAGGAUUACUCAGAGGAAGCCAGUCUCCUGCGGCACCUGGAGAAGGUUGCCAGUGAGGAGGAAGAAGUCCCACUGGUAGUUUAUUUAAAGGAGAAUGCGGCCCUGCUAACAGCUAAUGGGCUACACCUGUCCCAGAGCCGAGAGCCCCAACAGUCCUCAUCAAACCCUCCAGCAACUGAGGUGCACAGUUCAGCUGUAGACAUCAACCAGAACCCCUCCUCGCCCGGUGCCACACUCACCACACCAGCGUCCAACAGCCACCACAACCAGCCCACCACCGAUGUGAAUCAGAAUCCCCCGGCCACUGUCGCCCCUGUCCAACAGAAUUCACCCCAGGCACAGUGUCCCCCAAAUGGCACACCUGAUUCCAAACCCAGCACUCCAUGUGUUGAUGGGCAGGCCCAGGUGCCAGCAGAGGAGGUGAGAUCCAGCAUUCUCCUGAUUGAUAAGGUGUCAGCUCCUUCAUCUGCCACCAGCACCUUCCCUAGAGAAGCCACGCCCCUCGCUGGCUCUGGGCCACCAGGGGCAGAUCUCAUGUCCAGCUCCCUACUCAUUGACAUGCAGCCUAGCAGCCUAGUGGCAUCAGCGGAGCCGGAGAUGUCUGGACGUGCAGCUGUCACCACACCUACUAAGGUAUACAGUGAAGUACAUCUCACACUAGCCAAGCCCGCAUCAGUGGUCAAUAGGACGGCCAGGCCCUUUGGGAUCCAGUCACCAGGGAGUACCAGCCAGAUGGAGCACAGCCCCAUGAUGGGAAGACGACAUUUUGGAGAGAAGGCCUGGGCUCCCCCGGCUACCACCAUGGUGGAUAGGAGUCCCCAGCCACAAAGGCACAUAAUGUCCCGCAGCCCCAUGGUGGAAAGGAGGCUGGUUGGGCAGCGAAGCCCAGUCCUGGAGAGGCGCCCCUUAGGAAGCUUCACCCCACCCCCUACCUAUGCUGAGACUUUGUCAACAGCCCCUGCAGCUUCCCGGGUUAGGUCUCCUCCCUCUUACUCUACCCUAUACCCCAGCUCUGACCCCAAGCCGCCUCAUAUGAAGAGCCAGGUAGUCCCUGCCAACAAGACAGGCAUUUUGGAAGAGUCUAUGGCCCGCCGAGGCAGCCGGAAAUCAAUGUUCACCUUCGUGGAGAAACCCAAGGUGACCCCGAAUCCUGACUUGCUGGACUUAGUGCAGACAGCCGAUGAGAAGCGGAGGCAGAGAGACCAUGGGGAGGUGGGCAUGGAAGAAGAACCCUUUGCUCUGGGAGCCGAGGCCUCCAACUUCCAGCAGGAGCCAGUAGCUCGAGACAGGGCCAGCCCUGCAGCCGCUGAGGAGACUGUCCCCGAGUGGGCCUCCUGCCUCAAGUCACCCCGUAUCCAGGCCAAGCCGAAGCCCAAACCCAACCAGAACCUCUCAGAGGCCUCAGGGAAGGGGGCUGAGCUCUAUGCCCGCCGCCAGUCGCGGAUGGAGAAAUAUGUCAUAGAGUCAUCAGGCCAUGCUGAGUUGGCCCGCUGCCCUUCACCCACUAUGUCCCUGCCUUCGUCCUGGAAGUACUCCACUAGCGCGCCUGGGGGCUUCCGAGUGGCAUCGCUAAGCCCAGCGCGGACUCCGCCUGCCUCUCUCUACCACGGCUAUCUGCCGGAGAAUGGGGUCCUGCGCCCAGAGCCUACCAAGCAGCAGCCAUACCAGAUGAGGCCUUCACUCUAUGCUCUGUCUCCCGUCAAGGAGCCUGCCAAAGCCUCAUCGCGUACCACCUCAUCACGCACUCCAUCACGCACUGUCUCACCUCGUGCUGCCUCCCCAGCCAAGCCUAGCUCCCUGGACCUGGUGCCCAACCUGCCUAGGGCAGGCCUCCCACCAUCUCCUGCUCUGCCUCGGCCUUCCCGCUCCUCCCCAGGCCUCUACACCGCCCCGGUCCAGGACAGCCUCCAGCCCACUGCUGUGAGUCCCACCUACAGCAGUGACAUCUCCCCAGUGUCUCCCUCCAGGGCGUGGUCUCCUCGAGCCAAGCAGGCCCCCAGGCCUUCCUUCUCCACCAGGAAUGCUGGAAUCGAGGCUCAGGACCGCCCCGAGAGCCUGCCCACGUCCCCACCCUGGACGCCGGGCGCUUCCCGGCCCCCCAGCAGCCUGGACGGCUGGGUGAGCCCGGGGCCGUGGGAGCCGGGUCGCGGGAGCAGCAUGAGCAGCCCCCCGCCGCUGCCGCCGCCGCCGCCAAUGUCCCCCUCGUGGAGCGAGCGCUCGGUCUCCCCGCUGCGAUCAGAGGUGGAUGCACGGCCUCCCAGCCGCCAGCUGCAGGCGCUUCUGGCGCGCAACAUCAUCAACGCGGCCCGGCGCAAGAGCGCCUCCCCGCGGUCAGCGGCCGCCGAGCCCCUGCGGCCCUUUUCCCCGCCGAGGGUGCCGCCGCCGCGCAUGCGCUCUCCGCAGCCCGUCCGCCCCGCAGGCACCUUCCGCGGAGGCGCCUUCGCCCCGAUCCCGCGGAGUCCGUUGCCCGUCGGGCCUUCGUCCUGUGCUAGUCCCCGGAGUCCCCAGGCCACACCGUCCAAGCCUUUUCCCUACCGCCGCUCGCCCACAGACUCCGACGUGUCCCUCGACUCUGAGGACUCCGGGCUUAAGUCUCCUGGCAUCCUCGGCUACAAUAUCUGUCCUCGAGGCUGGAAUGGCAGCCUGAGGCUCAAGCGUGGUAGUCUCCCCGCUGAGGCCUCCUGCACCACCUAAAGUUUCCCACCCUGGGAGGGCCCAGCCAGAAGAGGCACCAAGCUUGGGGGACCCCAACACUGGGACCCCAAAAAGUCUGACCCAUAUUGGACAGCUCCAGAGAAAGAAGCCAAGGAAGAAGAGCUCUGGGCCUGGGGGUCCUUGGCUCUAUCAUUCAUUUGUGUGAGCCUGAGCAAGAGUCCCCUGUCUCUGACCCUCAGCUUUGGCCGAUGCAGUAGUCUCCAGACAUCUUCCCCUUCCAUCCACACACUUGUGCCUUGGGGAAGGCAGCUGUGCACCCUGCCCUUGGGCCUGCAGCAUGCCAGGCUUCCAUGCUGUCCCCUCACCCUGUUGUCUGGCAGCCUGGCAAAUGAAGUGUGUGUUGAAAGGAACUUAGGCCAUGACCCAUGCCCAGGCCCUGGCUUGACCACCGCCUCCUGGCACCGAGUCCGAGGCAGGAGCAGCUGUUUUCCAUCCCUCCUCAGACUAGCUCUAUUUUUAUCCCAUGACCUUUAGAGAGAUCUCCCAGGCAAGCUCAAGGUGCCCUGCCGGGCCCCUCUGGGGAGAAGGAUCUGGAAGAUUCUCCCUAGAUUCUGCCAUGCUGAUUUCUCUACCCCAGCUCAGGGUGUCCAGGCCAUCUCUAUGUCCAGGGCAGAGCACAUGUAAGGUGCUGAGUUCCCUGGGGCUAUGGGUCUCAGGAGUCCCAGACCUCUGCCUUUCUCAGCCUGUUCAUAGCACAUUUGAGUUUUUUCAAAGCUGGGGAUGCGGGGAGAAGAGAUGGCAGCCUUACAUGGCUGCCCCCAGUCUGGUCUUACCUAUUUGGAAAGAGGCCCUUGUUACAGGAUGUGUAAGCCAUGGCUAGGAUGCAUUGAGGAGACUCCUGAGGAUUCUCACCCUGAAAUGCAUCCCAUAGUAUUAGAAGGUGAGGGUGAGGGUGGAGGGGCCCAGGGCUUGAGUUCAGAGACAAUAAACCUGGCUGGGAAAUCAAGAGACUGUGCUAGUAUGGGCCCGUGUUUCCAGCCACCAAGUAAAUGUGUCUUCCCUUCAACUUCAGGCUAUGGCCUAGUGUCUAUACCUUGUCCAGAGGAAUGGGUACUGCUAUAUUCAUUUUCUUCACAUCUCACUCUGGCCUAGUUCAUACCUGUACCCAGUGGCCUUGACGAGCCAGUUCCCUAAACUUCAGUGACUCUGAUUCCAAUCCUCAAGAAUGACACUGGGAAGAAUGUAACUGAGUUUUGUGGUUUUCAUCAUUGGCUGAUAGUACCCCUUGAGGUUCAGAAUAUCAGCUUCAAACUUUGAAACCUGGGGGUACAGGUGCUGGAGUUCAAUGAUUGCAAAUAUAUGUAGGUAAAAAAAAAAAAAAA